AUGGGCGACGCAAAAGGAGGAGGAGAGGACGAGAAGCGCGAGGAGACGUGUGUCCGGCCUUCUGCAGGAUACAUACGGUAUGGUGAGACAGAGCAAUGGCUCCCCCACACACCACACCUCGUGCUGACGAAGGAGCGCAUCGACACGCUGGUGGCCCAGCACAAGCAGGUGCUGGGGCGCGGCGCCUCGUGCACGGUGUACCUGGUGGAGGUUGGCGGCGCCCAGUGCUGCCUCAAGGUGGCAAGGGAGCAGUGCCUCGCAGCCAUGUUCCGUAGGGAGUUUGACAUCCUGCUGGACCUGGACGGCGCGGCGGGCGCCCCCAAGGCCUUGGGCACCAGCUUUGGGUUCCCCGCCAUGCUCACCACAUUCUGCGGCCAGAACACCUUCUGCGACCUGCACAACCUCGCUCAAAGCGACACGGACAGACUGGCGGCCUUCGUGGCGCUGGCCCGGGACGUGCAGCAGCUCCACGCCUGCGGCUACACCCACAACGACAUCAAGCCCGACAACGUCGUGGUGCGCCAAGACGCCAAAGGCCGCCUGCAGGUGUCCCUCAUCGACUACGGCUUGGCCAAGAGAUUCGGCACAGGACUCCGCAUCGCGCGCACGCACACGCACCGCACGCCCUGGAUGGCCCCGGAGCUGCUCCGCGGCGCGCCCUGCUCGCCCCCCGUGGACGUGUUCUCCCUCGGCUACGUCCUGAGGCGCGUCCUGGCCACGUGCCACACGCAAUACCCCGGCCUGGAGGUGCUGGCCGACAGAGCCAUGAGAGCCAACCCUGCACAGCGGCCCUCGGCGGCCCGCAUCAUCAAGACAGUCAAGGAGUACACGGGACAGACGUCCAGGAAGGCGGCCUUUGUCCGGCGUGUUCGCAAGGCCUUCUCCUGCCUCUUCCCGCGCCGCCGCCAUUACUAA